UCGGAAAUAAACGAGUGAUUUUCUCUCGAGUUACGGUAAAAUUUAGGGGGCAAAGAGCGUUUUAUAUGAUCCUAUCCGUUAUUAUUGAAGGUUAUUUGUGAUAAGGAAACUAUUUGCUAUCUUCUCUUAUAUAAUUCAUAAUAAAUACAGUGUUCGACAAAAUAACGAAAUGGUAUCAAGAGGUUUGGUUUCUGGAAGACUUGCACUUGUUACAGGUGCAGGAUCAGGUAUUGGUAGAGCAGCAUGUCAGGUUUUAUCACGAGAGGGAGCCACUGUCAUAGCAGCAGAUAAGAACUAUGAUGCUGCAAUGGAGACUAUCAAAAAGCAUACAGCUCUAGCUUCUGGUUCUAAUAAUACGGGUGACCACAGCGCUAUGGAACUGGAUGUAUCUGAUGCAAAAUCAGUUCAAAAUCUUCUUAAAGCGAUUUUAAAUGAAUACAAACUUCCUCCAAAGAUUGUUGUGAACUCUGCUGGUGUAACAAGAGACAAUUGGCUUCUUAAACUCUCUGAGGAGGACUAUGACAGUGUUAUGCAUGUUAACCUGAAGGGUACGUUCCUCAUAAUGCAGACAUUUGCCAAGGCUAUGACUGAAUCGUCUAUUCAAGGUUCGAUCAUAAAUAUAUCCAGUAUAGUGGGGAAAUAUGGAAAUAUAGGACAAACUAAUUAUUCCGCUAGUAAAGCCGGCGUGGUAGCGAUGACGCAAUCAGCAGCGAAAGAAUUAGGGAAGUUUAAUGUAAGAGUAAAUGCAAUCUUGCCAGGAUUUAUUGACACUCCAAUAAUCAAGACUGUACCAGAUAAAGUCAAAGAGCACAUGCUAAAACUUGUGCCCCUGGGAAGGCUUGGUGACCCUACUGAGGUAGCUGAGGUGAUAACGUUCCUAAGUUCAGACAAAAGUUCCUUCAUCACCGGCGCAGCAAUCGAUGUCACGGGUGGAUUUUGAAGAAAAAAAAACAAUUGUACAAGUUUUAAUGACAUUUUAUACAGAAUCAAUAUUUUUUAUACAAAAAAAAUGGUCGGAAAAGUAAAUUAAAUCGGUCAAUUAAGUAAAUAUUUAUAGAAAUAAAUAUUUUUAGACUGCAAGACGAAUAAAUCUGAUAGAUUUCCAAUUACUGUCAAACAUCCAGUUGUAGAUUAUUAUCUCGAAAUUUUAAAAACCAGUUCAUAAAUAAAUAUUUUUAUUAAUAUGUACAGUAUGAAUAAGUUUAAACAAAAUAAAUAUAUAUUUUUCUAUUUCCAUAAUAAGUUAUCUGUGAUAGUUUAUGAAGUACUUACAGUUUUAUGACACGUUAAGGAGAUUACUGAUCAAUGGCUGCGUUCCUUUUUUAAUAAAUCACAAUAAUAAAUUUUACAAUAUUACAAUUAUUGUUGUAUAAUUAUUAUACAUAUAUAGGUAUAUGUAUAUAUGCAUCACCUACUUAUUUACUGUAUUGGUUUUAUGUGCGAUUGUUUUUUUAUUUUAUUUAUUUAUUCAGAAUAUUGGUAAGGGUACAGAAUUGACACAAUAAACAUGGGGCCGCGAUAACUGUUGCAGUAGUAUAAACUGUGUCGCAAAUAUUAACGCCCACCUCGAACAAUAAAUGUAUAGUACCAAUAAAACAAAAGUAGAACAUAGUAAAUGCAUAUAAAAAAAAAGUUGCCUGAACGAAAUCGCGAUGGAGCGAUUAGGCUGCCAAAUUGUAAUUCUGUUUUGUUAUAGGUACUCUUAUUUUUUAAGUACUUUUUGUGGUGCGCAAUAAAAGUAUAUACUUUCAUUCAAUAUAAUAUUGCCAGAGUUUAAGAAAGACAGCGACAAAGAUAGGAAGUGUGUUCUGCACUGUGAAAGUUCAUAGUAAUUCAUGUGUGUAUGAUUACGUUAUAAAUUAUUUUAAAGCCAGAUUUACUGGCAUAGCUUAACAUGGAGUUUAAGUGGCAAUGGACGGGUCAUAUAGCUCCAAGAACCGAUGGCCAUGGGGGUCCCAAGGUGCUGGAAUAGUUACCUUGUAAACGCAGCAUUGGUAGACCUCAACCAAGCGGCUCAAGGUCGUGAUAUUUGGAACUCCCGGCAAAAUAGAUAUGUCCAAUAUCCAUUAGCUGACAUAAUGAUGAUCAUAAAGAAUUUAUUGUAUACCGAUUUCCUAGUAAUUGUAGUUCUUUCAUUCAUAAAAAAUUUAAUUUAAUUAAUCAUAAAGUCGUUUAGGCCGUUUUUGACGACACCUCUGUCGCAGCGGUGAUUUUCGGCAGGGGCCAUUUGGGAAUUAAGUAACUUUUGGUUAGUCUCCUUUACUCUUUAAAUAUUUGUAAAAAUUUAGACCCUUUUUAUAUACAUUUUUAA